GGCAUAGAGCACAUCCUUUUCAACAGUCUGAUCACACUAAUCUUUGGCAUCUUGAUCGAAUGGGUGAACAAGUUUUGGCGGGUAGCACCCGUCUACUUUGCCGGCGUCCUUUUGGGCUCCCUGACAUCUUCAGUAUUUGAUCCUUACGCAGGCUUGGUCGGUUCCAGUGGCGGUGUUUAUGCCAUUCUGGGCUCCCAUCUCGCGCUCGUAAUUAUGAACUGGGAAGAAAUGCAGCACGACUGGACCAAUUGCACCACAAAUCCUCUAGCAUUUAUGGCCUCUGGCGUCGUCCGGCUGGUUGUUAUCCUAAUAAUUCUCAUAGUCGAUUUCGCCUUUGCACUUUAUCGGCGCUACGCUCUGCAGCAACUUCAAGUGAUCAGUUUUAUGGCUCAUCUGGGCGGUUUCCUGGCCGGAAUACUUAUAGGAAUCCCCAUUCUGCGCAAUUUUGAUCGACGACCAUGGGAGCGUAUCCUAUUCUGGGUUUCCCUUACGCUAUUUAUUGUCCUAGUUAUAUUUGCCAUUUUAUGGAACAUUUUCUUCCCAAAUUUUCCACCCCAAACUAUCUGA